AUGAACAGGUUCGAAUACGCUGAUUCUCGGUUUAUGCCAAACGAGGUUUAUGUGAGACGUGAUAUGGUCGUGCGCCUCUACGACGGUGACACAAAGACAAAUUUCGAAAAUGGUGAAUUAAUCCUAACCAGUCACAGAAUACUCUGGGGCAGGCCUGGCGAUAUACCACGAGGUAAUACCUGCUUGUCAUUGUCACUUAGACAUAUCGUUUUCUUCGAAGAGGAAAAUCCUGGUCCGUUUUCCUUCGGGCGUAGUAAGAAGAUUGUGCUACAUCUGUCUGAACCUGCAGUUGAUAAGAUGCCUGGUCCAACGGAUAAUAGCUUGUACAAUUAUGUUAAAUUGUCAUUCAAAGAAGGUCUCGAUCCAAAUUUUAUAACGCAAUUGUCCGAUACCAUUAUGAGACAAAUGUGGGAGUUUGCUCCUGCUCCUGGAUUAAUCGUCCCCAAUGUACGUGAUAAUCAAGAAAACACAAAACUGCCACCUCGCAUAAAAACCCGAACGGGUAUUAUAGGUAUUGAAAGAAGUCUACAAGAGAAGCAGAAAGAAACUGACGAAAGUAUAUCAUUGGCAUUUCAAGAUCUUACGAAGCUUAUGGAUAUGGCUAAAGAUAUGGUGGCCAUCUCAAAGACCAUUUCGGCUAAAAUAAGGGCAAGACAAGGAGAUAUAACGGAGGAUGAAACUGUCAGAUUUAAGGCUUACUUAAUGAGCUUAGGUAUCGACGAUCCAGUAACGAGAGAUGCGUACAAGAGUAGCAACGAGUACUUGGAACAAUUAGCGAAACAGCUUGCAUCUAUCUUGGAAGAGCCGAUAAAGGAAGUCGGCGGCAUGAUGACACUCACAGACGUUUACUGUCGUGUGAAUAGAGCGAGAGGUUUGGAACUUUUAUCUCCUGAGGAUUUAUUACACGCCAGCAGACAAUUGGCGCCCUUAGGUUUACCAAUUGUGUUGAGAAGUUUUGAUAGCGGUGUUAUGGUACUUCAAAUUCGUUCUCACGACGAUAAUGCUGUCAUAGAUCGUAUAACGGAAUUGUUGAAAGAAAAAGGACCUAUGACGGCCGAAGAUCUUGCACAAUCAGAGGGUAUAUCGGUAUUAUUAGCACGCGAACGAUUGCUAGUCACGGAGAAGCACGGCAAAGCCUGCAGGGACGAUUCGAUAGAAGCUCUGAGAUUCUAUCCCAAUCUAUUUUUAGAGGAAAUAUCUAGUGAAUAAUUUUAAGCUAUCACAAAUAUACAAUUGAUUGCCUUUUUGAACUAAUGUUGGCCGCCAUCGUGUAACACCAACGCUUCAAAGUUUUAUAUAUUUUUUAAGUUUUCAUAUGUCCAAAAUAUGCAGUUAAAUUAAACGCUGUUAAAAUUUAAUUAUCUUGUCAAAUAUAAAUAAUACUUAUUUUUAAUUAUUUACUUCUUUAUAACGUUAUAAAUUUAUGUAAUUUUUUUUUUACAACUUCAACCUAUUAAUGUAAUAAUUACUUCCCUGGUAAGAUUCACAAACAUUGUAUGAAAAGAUACCUAUAUAAUCGUAUAAUAAUAUAUU